UUCUUCCAAUUUUCUUCGUAUCGUUUUCCCUUCUGUUCUCUUUUAAACAGGAAGAACGAAAAACGAAUCCCCACGAAAAAGGGCAAAUCUGAAUGGAACCCUAAUUUCGUUUCAUUCUUCUCAAUUCGGUUGCAACAUUUCUGUGGAGUGAUUUAAUUGUUCAGAGGCUCUGUUCGUUUUUAUACUUCUUUUGGUUUGUUCAAUUUGUUUCUAUCCAAUUUUGUGUGUGGAGUUUGAAAUCGUUUGACUAUGGAUUCAGCUUGAGACUCUGGGCUCUCAAGGAGACGAGGAUUAGGGUUUGGAGCUAUAUAAUUUUCUGGCCGAUGCUUUGUUUUGUUCUCAACCGUUAUGAUAUGGAGAAGCAAUAAGAAGUUGAGGAUUCUUCAUCGAAAAGGCUAAGAAGGUUUCAUUCGGGUAUUUUUAAGUGUGGAAGUAAGGAGUUGGCUAUCUAAUUUUGCUUACAAUGUUUGUGUUCAUUUGAUCAUUGCUUGACUGUUUUCUUGGUAAGUCAAAUGAUUUUGUAAUGUAGGAUUAAGGGCCAAGCAAGAGCUACGAGUUAGCUUUCAGCUAUAAAUGUUUAGCAGAGGCUUUGUGAGAAAGAGGGUUAAGUGAGUUAAGUGCACCACUUACCUCAUUGACAUUCUGUUUGGAUCUGUUGACACUUGGCAGGGAGUGUGAUGGAUGCUGAUGCUGACGGAGAAAAGGAAUCGCCAGAUAAGGACAAGAACAUCGGAGCUGGGGUAGUGAGAGAACGAAAAAGUCUGACUGAGGUCAAUGAAUUGAAGGUUAAUGCAUCCAAUCAGAUCGAAAAACAUGGAGGCACCAGUGGGGUACAUGGGCGGGUCGGUUUGCAGGUGCAGCAACAGCAGCAACCACAGGGAACUGUGGUGUGCUGGGAGAGGUUUCUACAUGUGAGGUCCAUUUGGGUUUUGUUGGUUGAGAAUGAUGAUUCUACGCGACAUGUUGUAACUGCUCUGCUCCGAAACUGCAACUAUGAAGUUCUAGUGGCAGCUAAUGGAGUGCAAGCAUGGAAGAUCUUAGAAGAUUUGAACAAUCACAUUGACAUUGUCUUGACAGAAGUAGCAAUGCCAGGAUUAUCUGGAAUUGGUCUUCUGUUGAAGAUUAUGAGCCACAAUAUUCGGAAGAAUAUUCCUGUGAUUAUGAUGUCACCUAUUGAUUCUAUGGGUUUAGUCUUUAAGUGCUUGUCAAAAGGUGCGGUUGACUUCUUGGUUAAGCCUAUAAGGAAGAACGAGCUUAAGAACCUUUGGCAACACGUAUGGAGAAGAUGCCACAGUUCCAGUGGAAGUGGGAGCGAAAGUGGCACACAAACUCAAAAAUCUGUGAAAUCAAAAGGCAGUGAGAAACCAUGUAAUAGUGCAAGUGAUGGCGGGGAAAACGAUGGGAGUAAUGGUUUAAAUGUUGGAGAUGCAAGUGAUGAUGGGAGUGGAGCACAGAGUUCUUGGACAAAACAAGCUGUAGAAGCUGACAACUCUCAUGAUUUAUCUCACAUGAAUCAAGUAGCUGACUGCCAAGACAGCACUUGCGCACAAGUUAUUCGGUCAAAUGCCGAGAAUUCUGACAACAAAAAUGUGCAAAUUAGUGUCGAUACAAAGGGCUACCGACGAAAACAUUCUGACAAUGUUGAGAAGGGCAAGGACUUGGAUACUAUCGACCAUAGGGAUGUGAAAUCUAAAUCAGAAAAUUUUGUUGAAACGCAACAUGAUCUCAUCAGUAGGGAAUGUGAAUCUGCUGGAAAAGUUGCCAACGUAUUGGACAUCAACAACACUGCAACUGAUGAUUCUAAGGAGCCAAACUGUGAGUUGAGCUUAAAGAGAGUUAGAGGAGAUCAGGACUCUGUCAGAUCAGUUCCAGAUGAUCGAUUUGUUCUACGCCGAUCUGAGCAAUCUGCUUUCUCAAGGUAUAAUUCGCCCACAAAUAUUCUCAAAGCUCCAACUGGGAUCAUCAGCAACAGUUCCAUUAACGACAAUAGCAUAGAAGUAGCAAAAAGAGAAUCUAUUGGCUAUUCAUCUGAACCUAUCUUAUGUCAAAGCUUGAAUGGAGUUGGCAAUAACAUGGACAUGGGCUCCACUACUAAUAGACUUCCUAAAGACAGGUCUGAAGCAUCAGCAAGUAAUUGCCUGCAGUCGUCUGCAUUCAAAACUGAUAUCAAAUACAGCCAACAGGACAUUAAUUUCCUGCCCAAUGGUAUUCCCUCCACGGGUUUAGUACCUCUUAGAGGUUCACACAAGGAACUUCAAAUUCAGCAUCCUCAUCACCAAAAUUACUGUCAUCGCCCCCACAAUCAGUACCAGAGGGAAAAUCAGCCAUCGUCAUCAUCUUUGGAGAAGCUGAGUGUAGAUGCUCCACAUUGUGGGUCAACAAAUGUUUUUGAUGGACCAACAGAUGUCAACAUUGGAAACAGUAGUUUGAACAGAAGUGCCUCAGGAAGUAAUCAUGGAAGCACGGGACAGAAUGGAAGCAGCACUGCUGUUAACAAUGGAGUAAACAAUGCAGAAAGUGAUGGAGGUCAAGUUGGGAAGAGUGGAAAUGGAGAUGCUAGUGGCAGUGGUUGUGGAAAUAGGGGCGACGAAAACAGGCUUGCACAGCGAAAAGCUGCCUUGAUCAAGUUCCGUCAGAAGAGGAAAGAAAGAUGCUUUAAGAAAAAGGUUCGUUAUGAAAACAGGCAGAAAAUAGCAGAGCAGAGGCCUCGAGUUAGAGGACAGUUUGUAAAGCAAACGGGGCCAGAUGGCGCAAGCAGAAACGAAGAUGAAUAAUUACAAUCACUCCUCCACCCAGUGCCACUAUGCCUCUGAUAUUAGUUUUCCUUGUGCAGAAAAAGUUGAUGCAGACUCUCAGGGUUGAUUUUGUUGAUGCUUGUUACAGAAUCUUAUUUGAGCACUGCCAGAUUGACAGCAGAGUUAUAAAUAACAAGUGUUCUGGUUGUAGGAACGAACUGUUCAUUGCAAUUCAAACUUAGAUCCUGACAUCUUGUGCUUGGUUAAGCGUUGUUUGUAUAGGUUUAGCAAGAGUACUUUCUGUUACUUUUGGUUGCUCCUGUUCCGCAAGUCUCUAUCACACAUACUCUUCUAAGAGUUACUUAAGGGAUUUAUAUUCUGAAUUA